GUAAGUUGAGACAAACACAUUCAAGAAUACCAUUCACAACUUAACAUUUAUUUUGUAUUAACAGAAUGGGGCUUCAGUCCCUUUGUGGCAGAGUCCUUCUGGGACUGUCCCUGUCUUUACUACUCUCUAGUCUCUGCAUUGCUGAUGACAAGACAAUUAAGGUGGUUGGUUUUGGAGAAUGUGCUGAUUGCAAGGAGAAUAACAUUAACACUAUUCAUGCUCUAUCAGGACUUCAUGUAAGCAUUGACUGCAAGCUUGAAAAUGGAGAAAUCAAAACAAGGGGUGAAGGAGAGCUUGACCAAGAUGGCAAGUUUGAAGUGUCACUUCCUAAGGAGAUGAUGAAAGAUGGCAAGCUGAAAGAGGAAUGCUAUGCACAGUUACACAGUGCAUCAGCUGCACCAUGUCCAGCACACAAUGGCAUUGAAUCAUCCAAGAUUGUUACUAUCAAAACUGAUGGAAAACAUACAUUGAAACCAGCUGGAAAUCUUAAGUUCUCAACACCCUUGUGCACUUCUGCUUUCUUGUGGCCAUACUAUAAGUACCCACCAUUGCCACAGUUGCCACCUUUCCCAAAAGAUCAUCCUUGGAUGAAGAAGUUCCCUAAGUUGCCACCAUUUCCACCAAUGCCACCAUUGAAACACUGGGGCCACCCUUUCCCUCUUCCACCUAUUCCUCCCCUUUUUAAAAAGCCAUGUCCCCCACCACUAGUAAAGCCUCCAGUUCCCGUUUACAACCCAACACCAAAGCCCACACCAGAGCCACCAGUAGUAAAGCCACUUCCUCCUCCCGUUCCUGUUUACAAACCAAAACCAAAGCCUCCUCCAGUUCCCGUUUACAAACCAAAACCAAAGCCUCCUCCAGUUCCCGUCUACAAGCCCAAGCCUAAACCUCCUCCAGUUCCUACUUACAUGCCCAAACCAGAGCCUCCAGUUAAAAAGCCAUGUCCCCCUUCAGUUCCAAAACCAAAGCCUCCUCCAGUUAAAAAACCAUGCCCCCCUAAAGUUCCAACUUACAAACCCAAGCCUAAACCAGAACCACCAGUAGUAAAGCCACUUCCUCCACCGGUUCCAGUUUACAAGCCACCAGUAGUGAAGCCACUUCCUCCACCAGUUCCAGUUUACAAGCCACCAGUAGUAAAACGCCUUCCACCACCUGUUCCAAUUUACAAAAAGCCAUGUCCACCAUUUCCACACCUUCCACCACUGCCACCAAUAGUGAAGCCACUUCCUCCUCCAGUUCCAAUUUACGUGCCACCAGUAGUAAAACCCCUGCCACCACCCGUUCCAAUUUACGAGCCACCAGUAGUAAAACCUCUUCCACCACCUGUUCCAAUUUACAAGCCGCCAUUUUACAAAAAGCCUUGCCCACCACUUCCACCAUUCCCUAAAAUUCCUCCCUUCCACCAUCCUCUCUUCCCACCACUUCCACCUAAGAUUCCUCACCCAUAGACCAAACAUUAAAAUUCAAGAGUUCCUUUGGGUGUAUGUAGGGCUGAAUCUUUUUCUGUUUUAAAACCAUGAAAAUUAUUUGCAAUUUAAUGAAUAAAAUCGACCGCCAAGAGAUAUGAUGCUUGAGAAUGUCAAAGUAAAAGAUCAGAGAAAUAGGGGAGUUAAUUUCACAGUGUUGGUUUGCUUAGUUAAGUUUUCAUGCAAAUGUUUGUAUAUCUUCAAGUGAAUCAUGGUCCGGUAGUGAAUAAUCGUGAUAUGUUGUACACGUUCAAGAACGGAUCUUUUAAAUUUUCUUGUUUAUUCUCAUUCAUAGACACUUGUAUUACUCAUAUCUUUUUAAUGCAAUGUUGGUUUUUCUUA